AUGCCCACAAGCUUGUUGCUUUCAGCCUGCAUAUCACCUCUGACCAGCCUUGCUGCACUGCCAAUUCCAAGGUCCACCUCACUCCAAGUAGCUCAGUUUCCACCUGGUUCUCUGCCCAUUCCCAUGGAGACGAGGCAGCAGCUGGAAUCCCGUGUGGACACCCUCCACUCGGCCCAGCUGGACCUCAUCUCCUCCCUCCAAACCGCCGUCCCCGACCUCGUCUCCUCCCUCGACCUCUCCCUCCGCGCCAUUUCCGCCUUCAACAACGCGCCCUUCACCCCCCUUUCCCAGAUCUUGCCCCCAAAGCCCGCCCAUCCCAAGACCCAUAUCCCCAAAUUGCCCCCCGACAACCCCAAAAGGCCAAAAUCCCCGCCGCCGUCCCCCGGCCCUCCCCUCGCCAGAACGAGCGGGCCAUGA